AUGAACCCGCUCAGAUCUCGUCCUUUCAACAUUCUAUCGAUUAUACUCCUUGUCCCGUUGGCAUUAAUCACAAGAUCUCAAGCCUUCGACGUCCCUUGUACCCAAAAACUUAUCGGCAGUAAAUGUUUGUUCGACGAAGAAUGUUACGGGAUGAAUACGGUCUGCAAGGGAGGGCGAUGCUCAUGUCCGAAUAAUUUUGAAGAAUAUGAUAUCGAUGAGAAGACGACUGUUUGUCGACUUGCACCUUCCAAAAUCGGCGACAGCUGUCAGCGAGAUUGUAAGCCACCUUUGCUAUGCCGUGACGGUCGGUGUGAAUGUUGGGGUGGAAGCAUUGUCAAUGGCCAAUGCGUAGUUCCAUGCCCUGCCGGCCUCCAACUAUAUGGUGUUGAAUGUACUCGAGUGGCCCACUGGGGGCAGAUGUGCGAAAAAGAUUCACAAUGUGUCGAUGUCUUCAAUGCUUGUGUCGCAGGGACUUGCCAAUGUGCGCCUGGGACUACGAGGGAUGUUCAGCGCGGGUUUUGCUAUGCAGUGUGCCCGGACGGGAUGCAUCCUAGACAGACAUGUCGGAGGCUUUUUAUUAAUGAUAUUGAUAUGUUGGAAUCGGCAGCUUCUACAGACUCUUGCCCCCUCGGCUAUCGUUGCGUGGCUUAUGGGAGCCCAUAUGUUGGCCACUGUUGCAGAUUGAGGUGUCCAUAUGGUGAACCCGAUCUAACCCAGUCGUGCGAUGCUGGUGCUCCGCCGGAGGGAAAGUGCCGACCGCUGACUCAUUUCUGUUACACAGUCACCGAACCUGGUUGGAAGAGCUCGUUGUGUUGCCCGAGACCGUGCAGGGAUCCAACCCCACUGUACAUCAACGGACAAUGCAUGUCCAUUGCCCAUCGUGAAGAUCCAUGCCAAAUUGAUCAACAAUGUGAAGGCGGAAUUACGAUGAGUUGUGUAUUGGGCGUUUGCCAAUGUAAACUUGGAUUCAAAGCGAAUAAUGACGAUCGAUUCCCGGCGUGUGAAAGGACGUGCAAUCGGAUUGAUGAAAUUUCGCUUGGUGAUCAGUGCUUGGCUAAGGUAAGCCUCAGUCAACGCUGCCUAGCCAGCAAGCAAUGCCCCCAAUUUUCGGAAUGCCGAUACGGCACUUGCCAGUGCCUAUGUGGCUAUAAACAAGUCAAGGAUACAUUCGGAGUUCGCUGCACGAAUCCCGACGACCCGCUCAGCCUGAACUCGAUCCUGAGUGGCGUUGAACAACUAUUUGGCAAGCAGUCGGCACCCAGAUAU